AUGUCAAGCAACAACAUCAUAAUUCAAGCCUCCCAAGGGCAUACCGGCGGCGGCAGUGCUUUAUCGACAUGGAAGAGUUUUGAGAGUGAUUCGUUGAGUUUGACAUUCUCAAUCGAGACCACGAACAAUUACUUGGGAGCAUCGAAUGCCCUUAUAUGCCAAUAUUCCUUUGAUCUAAGCUCCUUUCCCCCGAAAAACAUUCGGUAUGUUUCUAGAGCAGUUGGUCACCGAUUACCGGGAAGCCGAAACAGAAAAUCAGGGAUUCAAGAUUUUGCCCCCAAAUUUUCCGUUAGGAGGCUAAAAGCAAUGCAGAGAAGGCAUCGGUCAGCCAAAGUCGUUUCUUGA